GGCGCUGUGCUGCCGCUUAGCAUUCUCGGCUCCUGUUGUGCUUUUCGGGUGCUUUGCUUCCCCAUCUCCCCCCAAGACUCUCAAACCCCCUUCCUUUCUACUCUGGCCGGCCCGAAAAGGUGCGGUCUCGAGUGUCACCUCACCCAAAGCAGCGUCCAGUGCGAAAGGCACUGGUGAAGAUGAAUGUGGUUUGGAGAAAUGCUAUUUCCUGUCUAAGGAUAAAAGAAGUGCCACAGAAAUACCAAAGUAGUUGCCACCCUGUGGCCCCUCUGGGAUCAAGAAUUUUAAGAGACCCAGCCAAAGUGUUUGAACACAACAUGUGGGAUCACAUACAGUGGUCAAAAGAAGAAGCAGCAGCAGCCCAAAAAGAGGUGGCAGAAAACUCAGCAGUGCGAGUUCUUCUGGAAGAACAAGUUAAAUAUGAACGUGAAGCUAGUAAAUAUUGGGAUACGUUUUAUAAGAUUCACAAGGAUAAAUUUUUCAAGGAUCGCAACUGGCUGUUGAGAGAAUUUCCUGAAAUUCUCCCAGUUGAACAAAACACUGAAGAGAAGAAGACAAGAGAGUUGAGAUGCGAUUGUGUCAAAAUUAAUUCUGCAGAUUGCUUUUAUGGAAUGAACUGUAAGAACAGUUCAGUCACUACAGGUGCUCAAAGCAAAGCAAGCACUAAUAUUUUCAGCCUAGCCCUAGACGAUAAAGAACACAGAAGAGAACCACGGAGAGCAGAACUGUUUCCUGGCAGCAAGGCCACUUUCAGAAUCCUGGAGGUUGGCUGUGGUGCUGGAAAUAGUGUCUUUCCAAUUCUAAACACUUUGCAGAAUGUUCCAGAGUGCUUUCUUUAUUGUUGUGAUUUUGCUUCUGGAGCUGUGGAACUAGUAAAGUCUCACUCGUCCUAUAGAGCAGCUCAGUGCUAUGCCUUCGUUCAUGAUGUCUGUGAUGACGGCUUACCCUAUCCUUUUCCAGAUGGGACCCUGGAUGUCAUCCUUCUUGUCUUUGUACUCUCUUCUAUUCAUCCUGACAGGAUGCGAGGUGUUAUAAACCGACUGAGUAAGUUAUUGAAACCUGGAGGAAUGCUGUUAUUUCGAGACUAUGGAAGAUAUGAUAAAACUCAACUUCGUUUUAAAAGCGGACACUGUUUAUCUGAAAAUUUUUAUGUUCGAGGAGAUGGCACCAGAGUAUAUUUUUUUACAAAAGAGGAAGUCCACAGUCUGUUCUGCAAGGCUGGUUUAGAAGAGAAGCAAAAUCUGGUUGAUCGUCGAUUACAAGUUAAUAGGAAAAAGCAAGUGAAAAUGUACCGAGUGUGGGUUCAAGGCAAAUUCCAAAAACCAUUACAUAUACUGACAAGUUAAAAGGAAAAAAUAGUGAAACUAACACCAACUGUGAGUUCAAGGCAAGCUCCUGAAAUCAUUAACCUUGACUUAGAAAAGGACCAAAUUCCCAUUUUUCUUCUUUCUCAUGGUUAAACUGUUUCAUGUUAAGAUGCAGACCAGAGGACUUCAUAACUCAAAGAUUUCUCUUAAUUUUACACUUUUGAAGUGUCAGAAGAAGAGAAUUUAUAUCUAUCGUAGCUAAGCUCUUUUGUAUGUAUGAUUUAAUAUAGUCAAACUUGUUUGAACUUA